CGGGCGCAGGAUGAGGGCGGCCAUUGCUGGGGCUCCGCCGCGGGGAGGAGGACGCUGAGGAGGCGACGAGCCGCGUAGCGCUGCGGGGGAGGCGCCCGCGCCGUCGCGGGGCCCAUGGCCAGGACCACCAGCCAGCUGAUAAAGACAUAGAGACAGAUAAAUAAAGAUCCAGAGGGAUCCGAGGGACAUCAGUCAACCCUCUUCCCCCAAAUUCAACUCCUCCUCCGCUGGGCACUGACUCAGGUACUAUCUUCCGUCUUCCUUCUGGUCCCCAGGGCUCAGCAUGGAUGGGGCUCCUGGUUGGUGCUCAGUGAGUAGCAGUUAGCUGAAUGAAUAAGUCACUUUUUGUUGUAAAGUGUUUUAAACUACAUUUCAAAACAGAGGAGGAAAAACCAUGAGUCUCCGUCCUAACACAAACCCUCCAAACCAUUUUGGAGAAGAAAGCUCCUCUUCAGCUGGCUACAUUCCCUGUGUAGACGCAAGAGCCCUGGGAAGCCACCCGAGGUCCCCGGCUGUGGCUUCUCCCCCAGAUGCUCACAGUGGCCUCCAGAAACCUAGUGAGUCAUCUCACCGCUCCACGUCCUCAUCUGCCCAGUGCAGUACUGUCCUGCCACCAGCUGGUUAAGGACUAUGAGUAUGAUACCGUUCCUAUUCAGUCCAGCGUGGUGUUAUGUUCCUGCCCAUCCCCAUCAAUGGUGAGGACCCAGACUGAAUCCGGCACGGCCCCUGGCGUUCCUGGCGGUGGUACCAGGCAGGGCCCCACCAUGGACAGCACCGCAGCUGAGUCCAGGCCGAGUGCCAACUCCUUGCAACAUGCUGCACAGCCACCACCACAGCCUCGGAAGAAACGGCCUGAGGACUUCAAAUUCGGGAAAAUUCUUGGUGAAGGCUCUUUUUCAACAGUUGUCCUGGCCCGAGAACUGGCAACCUCAAGAGAAUAUGCUAUUAAAAUUCUAGAGAAACGUCACAUUAUCAAAGAGAACAAGGUCCCGUAUGUAACCAGAGAGAGAGACGUGAUGUCGCGCCUGGAUCACCCCUUCUUUGUUAAACUUUACUUCACGUUUCAGGAUGAUGAAAAGCUGUAUUUUGGCCUUAGUUAUGCCAAAAAUGGAGAGCUACUUAAAUACAUUCGCAAAAUCGGUUCGUUCGAUGAGACGUGUACCCGAUUUUACACGGCCGAGAUGGUGUCUGCCCUGGAGUACUUGCACGGCAGGGGCGUCGUCCACAGGGACCUGAAACCAGAAAACAUUUUGUUAAAUGAAGAUAUGCACAUCCAGAUCACAGAUUUUGGAACUGCAAAAGUAUUAUCUCCCGAGAGUAAACAAGCCAGGGCCAACUCGUUUGUAGGAACAGCCCAGUAUGUUUCUCCAGAGCUGCUCACAGAGAAAUCGGCCUGUAAAAGUUCAGACCUUUGGGCUCUUGGAUGCAUAAUAUACCAGCUUGUGGCAGGACUGCCACCAUUCCGAGCCGGAAACGAAUAUCUUAUAUUUCAGAAGAUCAUUAAAUUGGAAUAUGACUUUCCUGAAAAAUUCUUCCCUAAGGCAAGAGACCUUGUGGAAAAGCUUUUGGUUUUAGAUGCCACAAAGCGAUUAGGCUGUGAAGAAAUGGAAGGAUACGGCCCUCUGAAAGCCCAUCCAUUCUUUGAGUCCAUCACGUGGGAGAAUCUGCACCAUCAGACGCCUCCAAAGCUCACAGCUUACUUACCAGCCAUGUCGGAAGAUGAUGAAGACUGCUAUGGCAACUACGACAAUCUCCUGAGCCAGUUUGGCUGCAUGCAGGUGUCAUCGUCAUCGUCCUCCCACUCCUUGUCUGCCUCGGACGCAGCUCUGCCGCAGAGGGCGGGCAGCAACAUUGAGCAGUAUAUCCAUGACCUGGACACUAAUUCUUUUGAACUGGACUUACAAUUUUCUGAAGAUGAGAAGAGGUUAUUAUUGGAGAAGCAGGCCAGUGGAAACCCGUGGCAUCAGUUUGUAGAAAAUAAUUUAAUACUAAAAAUGGGUCCAGUAGAUAAGCGAAAGGGUUUAUUUGCACGACGACGACAGUUACUACUCACAGAAGGGCCACACUUAUAUUAUGUUGAUCCUGUCAACAAAGUCCUGAAAGGUGAAAUUCCAUGGUCACAAGAACUCCGACCAGAGGCCAAGAAUUUUAAAACCUUCUUUGUCCACACGCCAAACAGGACAUAUUACCUGAUGGACCCGAGCGGGAAUGCUCACAAAUGGUGCAAAAAGAUCCAGGAGGUGUGGAGGUACAGAUACCAGAGCCACCCAGAUGCCGCUGUGCAGUGACACGCCCAGAGCUGCUGCACUCGCUGCCAGGACACGUGCCCCAGCGCGGCUCACCGCCAUCGGGACGCUUCCAGACCACCUGCCAGCCAUCUCAAGGGGGACGCAGACAGCGGAACCUUGCAGCUUUUUUAUUUAAAAGAAAAGAAGAAAAAAAUACCCAACCACACGAAGAACAAAACCAAUAAUGAAAAGGAAUUCAGGGUCGCUUUGCUUGCUCUCUGUGCUCUGUGGAGGCUUCCCGUGCUCCCUUGCUGUGGGGACGCAGCGCCGUGCACGUCUGCCCCAUUCCUGCCUGGACUAGUAGACUAGUGGACAGAGUCGAGUCACCAGCUCUCCACCACACACCCUGCUCACCUGCUGGGCCUGCUGUGGCCGAGGGGAUGAGGCGUGUCUCUGGGCUCAUUCUGCCCCUGUAUUCUCAUGGAACUGCUCACCAGGGAGAUGUGUGUGCCUCUGCUGGGGGUGGCCCCCGGGCUCCAUACAUUGAGGGGGGUCUUGGCUUUUCUCCUUGUGCUCCUUUUCUUGUGUCCCUAGUUUAUGGCCCAUCCCCGUGCCCCUGUAGGCCUGUUGCUUACCUCCUUGAGUAGCUCUGGCUGUGGGAUUUCUGUGGUUCUUGCUGUGUGUCUGCAAGUACUCCACAUGUUGCUUCUGCCAGGCAGGCUCCAGGAGGUGAGAAGCAGAACAGGUUGUCAAGGUGAAAUACGGAGCCGCUGCUGAAUUUGGAGGGUGCCAGCAAAGUGUUCACAUUUAUCAUCCUGCUGAGCAGUGUUGUCCUCCAUGGCUGGAAACCAAGCGCAUGUCUACAAGGAGCACUGUCAGAAGGGGGCCCAGUUGGCACCCAGUUGCUGCUGGAGGCAGGGCUCUGCCCGGUCCCAUGUGAGGCCAGGCAACAGGGCAGACUGGGCCUGGUGGGCCCCUCCUGCGAGUUUAUUUAAAAGGUGAAUUGUGCAGGCCUCCCACUGAUUGAUUACCUAGGGGCUGAGAGACCCCUGGUUUCAGCAAAUUGGACGGUACUCAGUCACAUCCAGGUGGCACGGAGGAGUGCAGGCUCCCGGCCGUCACACAUACCCUUGUGCGUGUUGUGACUGAAUGUUCUUGUAACCUAACUCAGAGCAUUUUUACAUCUCUACAGUGAAAAUCUAGAAGCCUUCUCAUGUUGCCAGGGCUUUGCCUGGAAAAAAAGUGUUACUCACCUUGCAGGAGGGGCAGGAACACCACACUGAGCCGCGUGCCCCAGCCUUCUCUUCUCCAGUUUCAGGCUGGCUUCCUUUCCCUUUAGAGGCAGUGCCCUGCUGUGUCCUCACACAGUCCAGGAUUCACUAGUCCUUUAAUUUUUCUCUGCUGCUAUUUCCCAGACAGAGAGCUCCUGUCGGUCUGGUGGGGCUCAGCCACCCCUCUCCUGCCCAGGUUGGCCCUGGAGGGCUGUCCUCGGUCCCAAGUGGGAGAGGAGCAGGCACCACCCACGAGCUGCUCACAGACAUGUCUCUGUCCCUUGGGGAUGAACAACUUUGCCAUUUCUUUUAGACUUUCACAAAGGCACCAGCAAAAGGCUCACAAGAAGAGAUUCCUCCUGACUUCUUCUCUGCUCCCCAUCUCCUAUCUUGAAUGAAUCAGCCGUCACCCUGGGUGACCAGUGGUCCAAGUUGAGAGGAAAGGUGUCUUUCUCAAACUUUAGUGAUAAGAGCGGCUCUCCUUAAACUGGGGAAAAAGUUCAGAUGUGGGGGAUCCCAUUGUGCUUGGCAGUGAGAGGGGUCUGGAUGGGAGCCGAGGUGGUAGCCAAGUUUGCCAGUGCUUUCUGCUUAGGCCUUGUCCUCUGGCUCUGUGAGAGCUACACGAGGGGCCGGCCGAGGGGGAGAGUGUGUGUGUCUGUGUGUCUGUGGGGGUGCCAAGGUAUUGGGGGCGUGCCUGGCCUGGGGGUGUCCCAGAGACCAGAGCGUUGCCCUGGGCAUGUGGUCAGAAGUCAGGCUCCCUCUUUCCUCCUCCUUGGUUUUGAAAAGGCUUACCUGUGCUCACCUGCUUUUCACAAAGUGAGUCUCGCUCGUCCCUUUCUUUCAGGAGUUCGAUUUCAGGCUUACUCCCCGUGUUUAUAGUUCACCCUCCUCAGAACAUCCGUGUCUGGGUGUGCAGUUUGGAAGCCACUCUUGCACAGUGCCUUCCUAGGUGUCUGGUCACAGGGAAACAAGCAGAGCUCGUAUUUGGCUUUAACAAGAGCACUCAGCGGGGCUGCUCGGGGAGAGAUGAAUCUUGCAUCGCAUUCUUCCCUCUGGAUAGCGCCACUACCUCCUGGGCUUAACCGACAAGCUCCAUCUUAACCUGCAAAACCAGAGAAUAAGGGGUUCAGGGCUGAGCUAGCAGCUGACGGAGCUGAAGUGACUGCCCUUGCCUGAGCCAGUGACAGCUGAGCCCUUCUCUGUAGGUCACCUUUCUCUGCUCACUCAGAGUCCUCCUUUUUCUUUUUUUUUUAGGCCCAUACAUACUCUCUCUUACCUGUGCUUGCUCCUGUCGACUUUAGUUUUAUCCAGCUCAUCCUUAGAGCCAUCGUCCCAGCGUGCAGGUGCCUUACAUUCUAAGAUGUGGGCGUACAUAGACAUAUGGAAAUAGAAAUGUGGAUUUAUCCAAGGCGAGAAAGAAAACGCCCUGUUUAAUAGAUCCAGGUGCCAUGUGUCUUCCUGAGAGAGGGCAAGGACAAGUGUAAAGGCCACACCAAGCCCCCGCCAAGCAGAGAGGAUCACAUCCCGUGUGGCCUGUCGUGGCAUGGAGGGGAGGGAGCAUGGUCAGGAAGGCUAUGGUCUCCACCUGCACGGAUAGCCCACUGUGCCUUGCCGCUCUCUGGGAACUUGAGGAAGCUGGCUUCCGUCUUUCUGUGAACCUGACCGGGGUGGUGGGCAGCUCCGUGUGGAGCACAGAGCCCCACCUUGUGAUUGGCACCACAGCAUGCCUGCCAUUCUGAACGGUGACUCUCCAGAGGCUUGUUACAGACUUGCUUUGAGAAAGAUGGGGUCAUGCCGAAGCUGGUGGGAACCACACCUACUCCAGCCCCCUAGGGCUACUCUUUGGUAUUUGUGGCCCAGGCCUGAAGGAAUUGCAGGUGAUGGUCCAUGGCACAGACGCCCCCCCCCCCCCAACACACCCCCCCAUGGCAGGGUGCCAGCACAGGGGGCUCCAGGUGACUCUGUACUUUCUUAAAACAUUUGUUUUGUGAAAAAAUCAACUGCAGGCUCACCACCCAGAAAAGACCCCUGUGAACAUUUUGGUGUAUAGCCUGCCCCCCGCCCCCCUUCACAAACAGUGGUUUCCUUUUUAAACUAAAUUGGGAACAUACAACAUACACCAUUUUGCAUCUAGCUUUUUUCACUUAACAUUUUAUCUUAAGCAUUUCCCCAUGUCAUGAACAAUGAUUCAAAAACAUUGUUUUUAAUUAUUGUAGUUUAAUGGCUAUACAUUUUAUCAUAAUUUAUCUGACCAUUUCCCUGUUGUAAAACAUUUAGAUGGUUUCUGAUUUUUCACUAUUUAAAUAAUGCUGCAAUGAAUAUCCUUAUAAAUCUUUGAUUUUUGACUCUGAUCCCCCCUGCCCCCGGUUUCUAGAAGUGGUAUUUUUGGGUCAAAGAGUUUGUUAGUUUUAAAGGUGGUAUUAAUCUCUCUUCCUCUGUCUUGAUCUGAUGCUUAGAUGCUCAGAGUUCUAGUACAGAACUUCCUUAUUUGUGUCCUACAGAUUCUGAACAAAUCUACUUCCGGUAAGCUGUGUGUUCCAAAGAAUGUUUGAAUAAGACUGGUCUUUUUUUUUUUUAAUGCUAAAAUGAUGUCAUUACCGCAGUUCCUUUGUGACAGAUUUUUCCAAAAGCCAAUUUAUUUUCAUUGAAAGGAUCUGGUUAUGCUUGCAUGUUAGUUACCUUCCCAUCCCUGCUGCUGUGGCUUUCAAGUGCUUGGUAGUAUUUUCAGAAUCUUGUACUUUGUGUCCACAAUGGUACUGAAUUUGCAUCUGCACAGUCAGCAGAGAUAAAAAGUGUUGAACUGACCUUGCCACAUGCUUUUUGGAUGAUUUGUAGUUAAGUUCAUAGACUCAGAAAGUACAUUGGGCUAUUUGGAAUCAGUAAAAGAUCAAAGGCUGUACUUGAAAAAGAAACCACGUAGACAAUUGGGUUUCAGAGAAAUGUUAUUUGUCCCCAUGCUCUUCAAGUCGUGGGACUCUGUCAGAGUGUCUGAGCGGUUUGGUAGAGCCAAUAGCCAGGCUUUUUCACUAGAAUGUGACUGUCCUGUGGCCAGGCUUUUUCAUACAGUCUGCCUGUCCUGUGGCCAGGUUUCUCACUGCGGAGUGUGCCCUGGCUGCUGUGGGUUUAAGGGCUUCUCCCCUCUUCUCGCCCACAGGGUUGCAGGUUGCCUAGUUGUCUUCCAGUCCAGACCAUCCAAAUUUGGUUUCAUUCUUAAUUUCUCCACUUUAGUUUGGGGUCCAUUGAUUCUGAGGGGAAACAUGCAUGAGAGAUUUUCCUUCGUGCCAUGCUCAGUGCCACUUGACUCUGCCAGAGAUAUGGCUGAAUUGUGCAGAAUUAGGUCUCCUGCCUUCCUCUGAUACCCGAGCCCCUCUCCCUGGCAGGUCUACAGACUGCGGGGUGCUCACUGCCCAGACGCAGAGGCUGCAGCCGCUGGGAGGGUGUGGUGAAGGUACUAUUCUUGGAGAGUUUGCCAUAUACCUGUUUUUCCGCAUUGCUUCUUUUCAUAUCCAAACCUAACAUGAACUGAUGGCGACUCAAGUGGAUGUGGCCCUUGGCUUUUAGGCAGCCUACAUGGCAAGUACCUUAAAUCAGGGCAGGAGGCAAUCCCAGAGCCUCUGAGGGGCACAGGCUGCCUGUGGAAAACUGGUCUGGGGAGGAAGCUGUUCCAGCAAAGGGCAGUUUUGUCUGUAGCUCAGACAGCUGUGGUGGACAACUGAAUGACCUGAAUUUUCCCCGUAACUCAUUUCUUCAGUAUGAGGAAACACCAAACUUUGUGUACAGAGAACUUUUUACAAAAGGCAAACCUUUUUUUAGCUGUGUAAUCCACCCUGGUCUAACCCGUCUGGCUGAAGAAUAGGGGCCAUUUUGCUGGUGAAAAGUCUCUAUCGUGAUCAUAAGUUUGAUUGGACGUUGGCAAAUUAAAUCCUUGCAGUAUUUAGAGCUGCUGUAGCUGUUCCUUAACAACAAAAUAGGAUGAGUCAAUAAAUAGUAUGUUAGCUGUCUUUCAGGUUGGUGGCAGUCAGUUAGAACAUGUGUAAUAUUCUCUACCUGGUCUGUAGCUGUAACUGUGAUGUACAGGCAAAGCAAAAAUUUAAAAAACUUAUGAAAACAAAUAAUGCAAUGAUAUUAGAAUAUACACUUUUGUAUUUUUAUUCUUAUAUAAGGUUAUUUGCUGGCUAUUGUUGGCCUCUAGUUCAGUCUGUGUUAUUUAAAAUCUAAUAUAUGAAUUAUUUGGAUUGAAUUCAUGUUCGGGGCCACGUUGUUGUAUGUAUUGAUGUACAGCCUUGAAUGUGAAUAAUUAUUGUAAACUAUAUUUUACAACUUUUUUUCUGGCUUUAUUAUAUAAAUUUUCUAUUUGGUCAAUGAUUUAAUCAUAUAAUUUAAUGAAUCUGUUUAUUCUCUUUUUUUCAAAUAUUUGUGCUUUAGAUGUAGUUACCGGAUGAUGAAUUUUCCACGUAUGCUCGGUAGUCUUAUAAUAAAAAAAGCAUGUAGAGUGUA